GGAUCGACCUUGAUCGCCUUUCAGCGUGUAGAAAGCUCUGUCGCUCGUCUCUCUGAGCAGUUUGACUCUUUCGUAUGUUCACUGGCAGUGAGCCAUUGUAUAUUGCGGAUAUAAUAACUACUACACCUGGUGCUACACAACAUAUAGCAGUGUAAACCUCUACAUAUUUUCAACCAUGAAAUUCCUUCAUGUAUUGUUUGCUGUGAUUCCAGUAUUGUUUAUAAAGGUAUGUCAUUCCCAUAUGUCUUUCUAUACCAUCGGACUAUUAUUCUCACUAGGUGUAUAUUUGUAUAAACUUGCUUAGAGCACUAACCGUCUUCUUGAGUGAUCGCUGUUUACAUCUCAAAGUACUCACAUGACAUUUUAAAUACCGUCUCUAAUCUUGUUUCAUAAUCGUGUAUUUAUCUCACUGAGGAGGAUUCCACUAAAUACAGUUCUAUAUUUCUAAAUAUUCGAGGUACAAGUGUCUAGUUUAUUCUCUCGCUUAUUUUAAUUGUCAAUAUUUCGAAAUAUCUCGUACGCCUACUUAAAGCAACUCCCUGUGAUAUUUUAAACCUUGUAAUUGCAACAUAUGUUUCUCAAUUCAGGCGCAGUUAAAAAAUGUGCGUACCCUUGCGUCUAUAAUUGCAAUGCGCGCAGUACUUUAUAAUCGAGGGCUGUACCUGGCCUUUGCGCGCGGGUAUUGCGCUCGCUGUUUUUCUGUAUUGGCGCGCAUCGUUGGAGUUUCAACUUUGCAUUUUAUGAGAAUUUCACCACGCUUUUUUGUUCCACAGGAUGUGAAUUGUGCAAGUUUAGAAAAACGACAGCAGUCCAUCGCGGGUACGUACGGAACAUUUUCCACUCAUCAUAUGUUUCGUUCUUUUGAAAUUUGUCCAAUAGACCUUUCCCCUUAUGAGUGAAAUUUUGAUCUAGAUAUGCCUGGACAAACAUUUCAUCACAGCUUGAAAGAGCAUCCCAAAAUUAGUAGUAUUCCGAAAUUUCGUUGUGAAAUGUUGUAAAAUGCGGAUAAUAUAGCCUUGCGAAGUUUGCCGUUUUUCAGUCAUUUUGCAUUUGAUAAUCAGAUGAUCAAACUGAUUAUCACUUUCCCAUUUGUAUUAAAUGCAAAAUUACUGAAAAACGGCAAACUUCGCAAGGCUAUAUUAUCCGCAUUUUACAACAUUUCACAACGAAACUUCGGAAUAUUACUAAUUUUGCGAUGCUCUUUCAAGCUGUGAUGAAAUUUUUGUCCAGACUUGUCUAGAUCAAAAUUUCACUCAAAAGGGGAAAGGUCUAUUCUUAAGUACAAUUUUCCUUAAUUUAUUGCAUAUUAUCCGGCACUCAGAGGAUUCAUUUUCUCAGCUAAGCAACCUUGUAUCAAGUAAUUUUAAGGCCCCUUCGUUUCUUUUUUGGGGGGGGGGGGCUUUUGAGCUGGAGACCCGUGGCAAAGUGCCCUGACCCUUCUUUCGGCCCUGCCAAUACACAGACGUGACAAAAUUAAAAAAACGUAAAUACUGGAUUAUUUUCGUCAACAGACGGAUGAAAAACGCAUGUUUAAACUGAUAACAAAUCUAAAAAUAAAACAACUGUUUUUCAUCCUGUCGGACAUGACAUCCUACGUCAGACAGCCUACGUCAGACACUCGAUUGUUUUUUUAGCACUUCACUUGAACCAAGUUCACACAACCCACACACGGCACCUGAAAAUCUAUCAAUACAUGAGCUUGCGGUUACAGCUCGACAACUGGCCUCUCUAGCUCAGUUGGUUAGAGCCAUAGAUAUCUUAUAUACACUAGAUAGUGCAUCUAAUUAUUCUGCAAUUCAAAAAUUGAAGCCGUGAUUGCAGUCUCAGGUCGUUCCCAUGAAAUGAGAAAAUUCGUAUGUUUUCUAUUUCUUACACGAACGUAAACAUCAACCCUAUUCCAAAUACUUUUUAAACUAUUCAAAUGAUGAAAGUUAUUGUUGUUUUUAACCGUUUAUUAGCAAGUGGGAACGACCAACAUGGCCGCCAUCUAUUCAAAUGGGGGUAACCACUAAAAGAGAUCUAUCUAGUGUAUAUAAGAUAUCUAUGGUUAGAGCGCUGCAUGGGAAUCGCAGGUUCGCCUGCCAGUUCCGGCCCAGUUUAAUCUUAAAUUUACUCACUUUCCCCGGGUGCUGCGGUUUCCUUGACUAUAGAGAGUCUGAGUUUAAAUUAAACUUCACUUUGAUUUAGACAUUGAAGAAGAAGAAGUGGAAGUUAAGGAAAUAAAGCUGAGUAUCCCCAACCAACUACACUUUGAGCUACAUGCUUUUGGUGAGGAUCUGAAAUUGGUCUUAUUCAGAAAUGUCCAGUUAGCAAUACCGCAGGCUCAAGUUAUUCGUCGUCACAACGGCCGCACAGUAUCACGGGAAAAUCUUGGUGAUUAUUAUACUGGGUAUAUACAGAGUAAGCCUGGCUCUAGUUUGGCUGUGAAAGUCAAUAAUGGAUCUUUGGUAUGUAAACGUUUCACUACGGUAAUUGCUAGAUAGUAUACUUCAAAAUAAGGUUUCCGUUUUUAUAACGUAGAAAAAAACAUCCAAACGCAAAACUAAACCCUAAUACUAACCUUAACCCUAACCCUAACCUAACCCUAACUUAUUUAAAAAAUUGAUAUAAAAACGGAAACCUUAUUUUGAAGUAUACUAUCUAGCAAUUUCCGUUUCACUACAGUGAGGUUCAGACCGGACUACCGGCUGACGAAGUACGCAUGUGAUUGGUUAAUCGGGUAGAUUAAACGCAUCUGAUUGGUUAAUCGGGUAGAUUAAACGCAUCUGAUUGGUUAAUGGUCCGUUAAUGGUAACGGUAGUGGAAUAGACAAUUUCCAUUAUAGACUAAUUUUAAAACUAGGCAAGGAGAUGCAAAUAAAUCACCACAGAAAGAACAUACUAAAAUUACUAGUAAAAUCACAUUCCUGCCACAUUUGGGACGAAAAUGGUAGCAAUUUCCGCAUGCAAUACAAAAGUAUACAAAAUUUGCAAACUUUGCAAGGCUAUAUUUUCCGCAUUUUACAACCUUUCGCAACCAAACUUUGUAAUUUUACUAAUUUUAGCAUGCUCUAGUUCUAGCUGUGGUGAUUUAUUUGCAUCUCCUUGCCUACUGUAGUUUGAAAAUUAGUCUAUAAUGGGAAUUGUCUAUUAAGAUCUAAACCUCACUAAUAAUAAAUUUUGACACUUAAAGCCCUGUUUACACCUGCAAUUUUAGCUCCGAUUUCUGGUGCGAUUGUCUUUUUUUUAUGCAUAUAUGCGCCUUCAUCUGCGGAGCAUUCAUAACUCGUUCACAUCCAUCAGAAAAACAUCGCAGCAAAAAUUAUUAUUGUAAAUAACCUUUUAGAAUGAACUAACAUUUGUCGUUUUCUAUUUACUUGCCUUUAAAUACGACACUUCAUAAGGGAGGAUUUCCACUCACAGAGAAAUAUUUGAAUUGUGAACAUCCAAAUAAAUCAGUUCUGCUUGACCGCUCACAAUUCGAAAGAAAUUGAACGAAAAAUAUUGUCAGCGAAAUUUUUCUUGGAAGUGGAAAUCCAGCUUAACUCUGAUGUACUUGUCCUCCCUAGACUUGGGACUAAUUAUUGCUUUCUUUUGGGCAAUUUUUUUGUAGUCUGGCGUCCUUGUCACGCACAGGUAUACAUUGACAAUCCAUCCUUCCAAUAAAGACUUACGUCAUGUAAUAACAAAACACAAACACGAGAACACCUUGCAACAAGUUGGUAAGUGUUUUUCUAACUUGAUUGAUAAUUUUUGGGUGACGUCGCUAAUAUAGUUGAACUCGCUUCAGAUUCUUCAUGGCUCAACAAUAUUCCACAUUGGACAAGAACGAAACGUUCCACAUCUAACAAUCGUUACGUUGAGGUGAUGUUGGUCGCAGAUCGCUACACAACUGAGCGGUAUGGAGAUUUCACGGAACAAUAUCUUCUGUCUGUUGCUUAUCUUGUAAGUGGAAAGAGGCUCAAUUAUUAUAUACACACCUGACAGAUUUUAUAAUUAAUAAUAGUAAAACGAAACUUACUGUAAGUUGCUGGGUUUUUCGGCGGAAUCAUGUUGUUAGUAGUACAUAUAUUCAUCUUCCUGUCACCGCCGUUUCACCUGCAAUAUGCAGUUGUCUCGUUACAAUUUCUCCUCAGUCACAUGUGAGAAGAAUGCUUCCAGUUUGACGGAACACUACCCGUAGAACUCUGGUUUCCUCCUGUAGUAACACUGGAUCAAUAAGAGAUGAUCCUUACUGGAUCUCUAGGAAGAACAGUUUAGAACUGAUAGAGCUAUCCAGUAUAAAUAAAGUUAGUUUAGUUUAGGUUUCCUCCUGAUGUAACACUGGAUCAAUAAGAGAUGAUAUCCUUACUGGACCUCUAGGAAGAACAGUUUAGAACUGAUAGAGCUAUCCAGUAUAAAUAAAGUUAGUUUAGUUUAGGUUUCCUCCUGAUGUAACACUGGAUCAAUAAGAGAUGAUAUCCUUACUGGACUUCUAGGAAGAACAGUUUAGAACUGAUAUCCAGUAUAAAUAAAGUUGGCUUAGCACUAAUCAUUGCAUCCCAUUGUUUAGUUGAAUGCCGUCAUGCAAGAUACCUCUAUUGGUGAUAUUAAAGUAAUCUACACGGUCGUAAAAGUUAUGAUUAUUUCUGGAUAUGAGGUAAUCAAGCUUAAACCUGGAGAAAUUACUCUACAAACACUUGAAUAUCUUUAAACAAUAGCUUGAAAUCGAGGCCGACAAUAUGGUCCAUUGUAAAACUCGUUAAUAAUUCAUGAAGCAAAUUCAAAAGAAAUUAAUGUCUGUGUUGUAUCAUACAUACAACAUCUCGCCUUGGGCUCUUGUUCUAAUUAAGUCAAUAUAGAAAUUUAACUUUAAUUCUAAUCAAGUUUAAUUCUAAUUAACUCUAAUUCUAUAAACUUUAAUUCUAAGUAACUUUAGUUCUAAUUAACUUUAAUUCUAAUUAAGUUUAAUUCUAAUUAAGUUUAAUUCUGUUUAAUUUUAAUUCUAAUUAACUUUAAUUUUAAUUAGCUCUAAUUUCUCAAUUCAGAAAGGGUUGGACGUCACAGAGAACGAGAUAGACGGUUCAGUGAAAUACCUCAGUGUGUUUGCCACUUGGGUAUCACAGUUCAACACUCCUGAUGACAAUGACCCCAAACAUUUUGAUCAAGCUAUCUUGAUAACGAAACAAGUUUGUGGACUGGCAACUAGCUGUUAUGAAAACGGUCGUGGAUAUUUUGGCAGCAUGUGCAACCCAACACGAUCAGUUGCUAGUGCCAUUGCCGCUGGUCUUAGUGCUGGCCUCACGGCGGCUCAUGAAACAGGACACAAGUAUGUUUAUCUAUAGCAUGAUUACUAUUAAUCCGAUAAGUUAUGAUCCUUACACAUCUAGGGAGAACAUUUUAGAAAGCUUUCGGGUAAAAAUGAAGUCAGUUUAGGUUUCCUCCUGUAGUAACACUAGAUCACUAAGAGAUGAUCCUUACUGGACCUCUAGGAAGAACAGUUUAGAACUGAUAGAACUAUCCAGUAUAAAUAAAGUUAGUUUAGUUUAGGUUUCCUCCUGUAUGACACUAGAUCACUAAGAGAUGAUCCUUACUGAAUCUCUAGGAAGAACAGUUUAGAACUGAUAGAACUAUCCAGUAUAAAUAAAGUUAGUUUAGUUUAGGUUUCCUCCUGUAGUAACACUGGAUCAAUAAGAGAUGAUCCUUACUGAACCUCUAGGAAGAACAGUUUAGAACUGAUAGAGCUCUCCAGUAUAUAAAUAAAGUUAGUUUAGUUUAGGUUUCGUCCUGUAGUAACACUGGAUCAAUAAGAGAUGAUCCUUACUUGUCCUGUAGGAAGAACAGUUUAGAACUGAUAGAGCUAUCCAGUUUAAAUAAAGUUAGUUUAGUUUAGGUUCCUCCUGUAGUAACACUGGAUCAAUAAGAGAUGAUCCUUACUGGACCUCUAGGAAGAACAGUUUAGAACUGAUAGAACUAUCCAGUAUAAAUAAAGUUAGUUUAGUUUAGGUUUCCUCCUGUAGUAACACUGGAUCAAUACAAGUUGGCCUUCCAUAAUCCUUCUUCAAAUUUCUUGCCUCUAGUUUUGGUCUAAGUCAUGACUCGGGUGAUUGUUCAAAGGGUUACAUCAUGCAUGCUGCUUUGGCGUCGGGUGCAAAUGCGUUCAGUUGGUCUUCGUGCAGUCGACAGAUACUUCAGGCGAAGUUUAGUGACAGGUACGACAUUUGGGACGAAUGCAUGAUUUAUUUCAGUAUCAACACAAGACAGACUAUCCCGACGAACUAUUUUUGAUACGUGAUCGCUUUUAUACUCACUAUUAUAAAAGAUCAUAACUACUUUUCCCGAUUCCCGCGCUUCGUCUCUAUUUGAAAGCCAUUCUCCGCCAAAGUUUGAAUAUCUUAUUUCCUUACAGCAAUACAUUCUCAUGUUUGAAUGACGUCCCCCCUGGCCUUGACACGAGUGAGUCUGUCAGCGUUAUAAACUUGGCUAAGAAUUUUUCUGGAGAUGAUCAAUGCCGUUUGAUGUAUGGAGAUAACUAUAAUCAUUGUGGAGCUUUCAAGGUUUGUUUGCGUUUGUGCUUGUUUGCAUGGGCGUAUUUACUGGUGGGUUAAGGGGGGGGGGGUUAAACCCCUCCUAGAAUCUCUCUAACCCCUAAAGUGUUCACCCCACCAAAAUUUUGCUUCACCCCUCCUAUUUUGUAUGAAACGCCUAAGCAGCACCACUGAGCCAGCUUCGACAGGGGUUGCACCCCACCAGAACUUUUUCUACCUCUCCUUUUAAAAGAAAUGGAAAUCCGCCCUUGUUUGUUUGUUUGUUUGUUUGUUUGUUUGUUUGUUUGUUUGUUUGUUUGUUUGUUUGUUUGUUUGCUUGUUUGCUUGUUUGCUUGUUUGUUUGUUUGUUUGUUUGUUUGUUUGUUUGUUUGUUUGUUUGUUUGUUUGUUUGUUUGUUUGUUUGUUUGUUUGUCCAGCAUGGCCAUCUUAGAACAGGAGAGAACCCGUUCAAUCAGACUGGGAGCACUCUUCUCGCAUGCGACUGAAAUUAUAAUCAGACAGCUGCCUAUGGCCUACAGUUGCAUUUCUCGCGACUGCCCCUGGUUAGGUGUAGCAAAUGUAUAAAAUUCACAGUCGAAAAUUCCAUUUACACAACCCUUCAAUAACCACCCAGUUCAAUUUGUGUUUUGUGAUUUUUUUAUGUUUUUAGAGUAAUUGUAGGACUAUAUACUGUCAUAAAGUGGGCACCAACACUUGCGCACAUCGCUCCACUCCACCGCUAGAAGGCACAGAGUGCGGAACUUACAAGGUAUUCUGUGGAAUUCCUGAUGCUCAUCUAAAAAUAUAUCAGGGUUUAACUUUAUUUGUACUGGAAACGAUAAUUUCGUAUUGAUCCAGUGUUAUUACAGGAGGAAACCUAAACUAAACUAACUUUAUUUAUACUGGAUUGCUCUACUGUAUCUGUUCUGAACUGUUCUUCAUAGGGGUCCAGUAAUGAUUAUCUCUUAUUGAUCCAGUGUUACUACAGGAGAAAACCUAAACUAAACUAUCUUUAUUUAUACUGGAUAGCUCUAUCAGUUCUAAACUGUUCUCCCUAGAGGUCCAGUAAAGAUCAUCUCUUAUUGAUCCAGUGUUACUACAUGAGGAAACCUACGUAAACUAAACUAUAUAUCUUUAUUUAUGCUGGAUAGUUCUAUCAGUUCUAAACUGUUCUUCCUAGUGGUCCAGUAAGGAUCAUCUCUUAUUGAUCCAGUGUUACUACAGCAGGAAACCUAAACUAAACUAACUUUAUUUAUACUGGAUAGCUCUAUCAGUUCUAAACUGUUCUCCCUAGAGGUCCAGUAAGGAUCAUCUCUUAUUGAUCCAGUGUUACUACACGAGGAAACCUAAACUAAACUAACUUUAUACUGGAUAAAUCUAUAAGUUCUAAAUUGUUCUCCCUAGGUCCAGUAAGACCAAACCUUAUUUGUCCAGUGUUACUACAGGAGGAAACCUAACUUUAUUUAUACUGGAUACAUGCAACUCUAUCAGUUCUAAAUUGUUCUUCCUAGAGGUCCAGUAAAGAUCAUCUCUUAUUGAUCCAGUGUUACUACAGGAGGAAACAAGAGUAUAGAAACCUACGAUGGUUUGGUACAAAUAAAUUUGAUUCAACAUUUCAUUUGUUUAUUUUGGAUGUAGUGGUGUAGAAAUGGUGAAUGUGUAGAUCAACCAAUACCUGAUCCAAUUGAUGGACAAUGGAGUUCGUGGUCUGUGACUUUCUCUAACUGUACUAGAUCGUGUGGUAUGGGUGUGAGAUAUAGAACACGUACUUGUGAUAACCCUCCGUAAGUCUCCAUAGUUUAUCGUGUAAGGAAUGUACAAUAAGCUCUGGUUUGUGUCUGAAGAACCUGAAGAUAACACGAGCCAAGACUCGAAAGUAUUUUUAAUCUUUUAUUCAGGUAGUUCAGACACAAACCACGACAGCUUACUACUGGACCACCACGUUUGAGAUAUCUUUUUCAGGUAGUUCAGACACAAACCACGACAACGUAUGCAAUCUGUACUGGAUCCUCAUUUAACCCUGAAAACUGUUUAUUUACAGAGUGAUGUAAUUAUAAACCACACUGUUAUUAUUUUGUUUUUUUAGACCUGAGUUUUUUGGUAAAGAGUGUGAAGGUGAUAGUAAAGGUCAUUAUGAAACCUGCAAUACUGCAGAUUGUCCAGCGGGCACAGACAGUUUUCGUCUCGAGCAAUGCAAAGCGAAAAGUCCCUCGUAUGUUGAUUUUUUUGAAGGUAAGAGCAUGGCUUGAACUAAGCAGUAUCGUAAAGCAGAUGGUGGUCAACCUGCAGUUAUCAGAGUGAAAAAAUAAUUUUCAUUCUUUUCAUUCUAUGUAGUAAUCUUGUAUUUGGAGGAAAAUGUACUAGAAUUGAGAAAUGCAGUUCUAUUCUCUUGCUUCUGUACUUAUCACUUGCAUUAACCAGCACUUGUAGUGUUGUGCUCACCACGCUUGCCAUUCGAGCUGGGAGACCCGGGUUCAUUCCUUGGUCGGACCUCUACUCAAGGUCUUACGAUAAUUGAGGAGGAAGAGCUACCUUAGACUUUCGUAGGUACCUCGGAUCCCCUACCAAUUGGGCGCACAAUCCCCUAAUCAAUUAGACAAUAGUAGAUACCUCGGAUCCCCUAUCAAUUGGGCGUAGCUCAGUUGGCAGAGCAUUGGGCUAGUAUUCCAAAGGUCGAAGGUUCGAAUCCCACCGUGGCCGGGCAUAUUUUUCAUGCCUUCCCGGUGUGGAUAUACACUCAGAGUAACAUCACAAGCAGUCUUAUUCAUCUGAGUACAUUGCACCAACACAGCAAUAGCCUGUUGGAAAAUCCGCUCCAAUGAAGUGAAAAAUUCAAUAAACAACUUUUCAUAAGUUCACACCAUCAGCUGCCCCGUAAAUUAAAACUCGUGUUCAUAAUUCUUCUUGCCAGUUUCUAAUGUUAUCUACUGUGUUUUAGCGGUCGCGCCAUGUCGGUUACGAUGUCGAAUAGGCAACAGCGUGACGUACUUCCCAACAACAGUCACAGAUGGUACAUUAUGCUCCAGCUACCAAGAUGAGCGAGAUGUCUGUGUCAUGGGGCAAUGUAGAGUAAGUUUUUCUUCAGAAAAUUGAAGUGGAUUCAACUCAUUACAAAGCAGAGCGGCACGAGUAAUCACUGGCAGUAGUUACGAGAUAAGUUCCGAAAACAUAUUAAGUGAACUGGACUGGCUACCCUUGAAAGAUCGUUUCCGGAACAAGAAAGCAAUGUUUGCAUACAACGUUAAAAAUAAUAUUAAACUGCCACAAUCAAUGAUUGGUAAAUAUGAAAUGAAAAACAACUCAAAUCAUAAUUUACGCAACAACAAUACGGAUUUUGUUUUAAAGAAACUAAAAACUAAUUUUAUGAAGAAAAGUAUUACCUAUUCUGCCGCUUCAGUUUGGAAUGACUUGCCAAAAUGUGCAAAAGAGAAAGGGAUUGGUGUAUAGCAAAAUUUAAGUAUAUUCUUGACCGUCGCUGAGUCUUGUAAAUAUUUUUAACAUAAUAUAGUAAUUGUAUAAUAUAGUAGUUGUAUAAUAUAGUAUAGGAGUUGUAUGUGGAUGUAAUUUUUGUAGCUACAUGUGUUAUUGUUCAACAACCUCUUGAAAAACAGAUAUGUGUAGAUUCUGAAGGGUUAUCGUUGUAAAAUAUUUUUAAAUAAAUAAUAUACCUGGCUCGGUUAUUCAAAGGUUGAUUACUGCUAACCCUCGGUUAAAAUUUAACCCGCUGUUUUGGUUUGUGUAGUUCUGUGCAUCUGUUUAUUUCAAAACGUCAGAGAAGUAAACUCCUAUCGAUCUUGACAAGAUCUCUGAAGAAACAUUUCCAAAUUUAUAGACAAGCUGUCAGGAAGUUUGCUUUGAUGAUGAUAUGAGCUACUAUUCUGAAUCCCAUCUAGCUGCUGAAGAACCGUGUAUUUUCUUGUCAAUCGGGAUUAAUAACCAAAUUUUUUAUUUUUUAUAGAAAGUCGGAUGUGAUAGAACAUUUGAUCGGAAAUCUUACGAUCGUUGCCGAAUUUGUUCCGGAGAUGGAUCUAUGUGUCGUUUGGUCAAAUCUUCAUAUAAUACAAGACAUAGAGGCCGCGGUUUGUAGUGUGACUUCUUUGUCUGAUCUCAAAUUUGUUCAACACUUUCAAUCGAGUGAGACGCGCCAAUAUUUACCCAUACCGUAUUUACUCGUUUAAGCGCCGCGGUGCUCUUUAAAUUUUUAGAGCUUCAGAUGCGGCGCUCAAUCGGGGGCGGCGCUCUUUAAAAAAUAUUUUAUUUGUGAAUUAUGACAAGAACUUUUAACUAUAAAAUAGACAAGUUUUAAAAGGUUUUUGUCACUAAAUGUCCCAAUAAUUUUGACGCGGAAAGUUUUUACAUUGUUUAGUGCGGCGCUCAUUCGGGGGCGGCGCUCUUUAAAAAAAAUUGAUCUCAAAUGCGGCGCUUAUUCGGAGGCGGCGCUCAAUCGGGGGCGGCGCUCAAUCGAGUAAAUACGGUAUACUUUAUCGUGGUAUCACCUUAGUAUAUAUACAUAUGAACUUCCCGUUAAAGCUUGACAACUGAACUAUGUAGCUUCAACCGUAUCCUACCGACACGUAACGCAUUUCUUUGAUUCCUGAGCACAUAGAGUGAAACUAAUGACUUCGACGCAAAAGAAAAUGCUACGAUACGUUACGAUACGGUUGAAAUGGAAAACAGGCAAAGGCACUUCAACCGAAGCGUAGGGUAUUUCUUUGAUUCCUGAGCACUAGAGUGGAACAAAUGACUUCGACACAAAAGAAAAUACUACGAUACGUUACGAUACGGUUGAAAUGAAAAAAACCCCAAUAAAUACAUUUUCAGUUUGUGGAAAUACCACGUAAAUUCGUUAAUUUGUGACGUGAUGUUUCCACCAACCAAAACCGAUAUACUCGCCACACAAAACUACAAGGAACGUAUCUUGCAGGUUAUGGAAAUGCUGCAGUAAUGUUUACCCUGCCAGUUGGAUCUGCUAACCUUCUUGUUCAGGAACAAUCAGCAACUUACAAUAAUAUAGGUUUGUGUAUGAUAUUUUGUGUUUCGCUAACUGGUCAAUAUCCCCCCAUUAUAUGUAGUAGUAUUGUAUUUAGACACAAAAAGUAAAAUCGAAAAAUAUAGUGAUAUUCAUGCUCACGUCAGAUUGCCGAGGAGGGACUGGAUUAAAAACUGUGUUUGUAUUAGUUUGUGGUAAUUUUCAACACAUGACAAAACAUAAGAUUUUUAAAGUUUUUUGCUUCCUUAAUACACGCGUGCUAUGGCGCAAUAUGCAGCGAUAUAUGCAAUUUUCAGUCAUUUUAGAUUACAAACGGGAAAUUGAUACCCAAAUCGGGUGUUUGGGUAUCAAUUUUCCGUUUGUAAUCUAAAAUGACUGAAAAUUGCAAACUUCGCAAGGCUAUAUUAUCCGCAUUUUACAACAUUUCGCAACGAAACUUUGGAAUAUUACUAAUUUUGUGAUGCUCUUUCAAGCUGUGAUGAAAGUUUAGUUAUAAGGUUAAAGGUCCAUUAGGCUAGGUUUACACCCUACCGGAUAGUUUUCUGUAUCGGCUCGGAAAAAGUUCCGAUACGGAAUGUAUAACUUUCAGAAGCUGAGCAAGACAACAUCUCUCCGUUGUAAUAAUUCCUCUGAAAAUAGCGUUCCUAAAAGGUAGGGAUAGGUGUUUUUUUACGUCGCUACGUAAAGCUAUCCACUACAGUGUCAACGUAGCCUCAGUCGUACCUUUACAGCGCCCUGGUGUUGACAAAAAUCUCGCUUUGCUUAUAAGCUCACUAUUAAUGCUUUCUGAAAGCCAGCAAAACAGAUUGGUUUUGCGAGCUAAGUGGUGGGACGUGCGCCACUGAAAUUCCCUUUCAACUUCCCUGGAAGAAAACCUUUACCAUGAUGCGAUCAUCUUUCAGGUUUAAAAGAUCAAAAUGAUAACUGGAUUAUUGGAGAUAUAAGGGGCACCACAAAAUACGCCGCUGACUCUAGGAUCACGUUCGAAGGUGGCCGCGCCCGCGCUGCAGAUAAACUUAUUAUCAAUGGACGGACUACUGAACCGCUUAAAGUUAUGGUAGGUAUACAUCGCUUGAAACUUAACUAUCUUAGAUAGCUCUAUCAGUUCUAAACUGUUCUUCCUGGAGAUUCAGUAAGGAUUAUCUCUUAUUGAUCCAGUGUUACUACAGGAGGAAACCUAAACUAAACUAACUUUAUUUAUACUGGAUAGCUCUAUCAGUUCUAAACUGUUCUUUCUAGAGGUCCAGUAAGGAUCAUCUCUUAUUGACCCAGUGUUACUACAGGAGGAAACCUAAACUAAACUAACUUUAUUUAUACUGGAUAGCUCUAUCAGUUCUAAACUGUUCUUCCUAGAGGUCCAGUAAGGAUCAUCUCUUAUUGAUCCAGUGUUACUACAGGAGGAAACCUAAACUAAACUAACUUUAAUAAGUUCUUUGUAUGUUUGCAUGGCGAUAAAACAUAUAAUAGUUUUGUUUGUGGAAACACCACGUAAAUUUAUUACUGCAAAGCUUUCGAUCCGUAAGCCCGGAUCUUCAUCAGUGCUAAUAAUAUGUGACUUGUUUAAUUCACACGCCUUUUUUUUCUUCUUUUUUUAUAUACAAACUAACUUUAUUUAUACUGGAUAGCUCUAUCAGUUCUAAACUGUUCUCCCUAGAGGUACAGUAAGGAUCAUCUCUUAUUGAUCCAGUGUUUCUACAGGAGGAAACCUAAACUAAACUAACUUUAUUUAUACUGGAUAGCUCUAUCAGUUCUAAACUGUUCUUCCUAGAUGUCCAGUAAAGAUCAUCUCUUAUUGAUCCAGUGUUACUACAGGAAGAAACCUAAACUAACUUUAUUGAUACUGGUUAGCUCUAUCACUUCUAAAUUGUUCUCUCUAGAGGUCUGGUCACGGAGGUGACUGGUACACGUUCUAACCAUUGUGCCACUCUAAGUAUCAUUUUCUUGUAGUUUAUUUUCUGGACUGAGAACAAUCCUGGAAUUCCUUAUGAAUAUUAUGAACCGCUGAUCACACCUGAUCCAACACCGCUGACGUUUGUCUGGAAUUAUACAUUGAGUGAUUGCAGUGAAGCAUGCGCAGGAGGUAUGUACCGCUAGUACAGUAGGAUUGUGGACAUGGUAUGAUUUACACCAGAGAGACAGAUGAUCCGUCUGGGGAGACUUGCCAAAGAAAUGAUAGUUCAUCUGAUAAUUUGUCUGUGUAUGAACGUUUCAACACUAAGUAUCUGUGUCUACAAAGUCAAACUGGAGCAUGGAUAGCUUGUCUGUUAAGAUCUGUCUGUGUUGGAUUGAUAAAGAUACAACUACUGGGAAAAUACAAGGAGAACUUCGUUGGCCUGAAGUUCUUCUUUGACCUGAAAUUCUCCUUGUAUUUUUCAGGUAGUUGUAUCCCUAUCAAUCCAAAACUUUCUUGUUAAUGGCGCUACCUCACUGGCACAGACCUUCAGUUAAGAUUAUAUCUGUUUAUGUGUAUAAAUACGACAUCAGACGAACCAUCAGGAAUCUAUCAGACAUUGAUUUGUUCCCAGAACCAUCACCAGUAUAGGUCACGCUAUUCUAGCUACAGUAGUUCAUCUGGUAGUUUAUCUUGUGUUGGCAUUAAGAUGAAUGAUCCAUCAGACGAACCACCAGGAAUCUAUCAGACAUUGAUUUGUUCCCAGAACCAUUUCCAGUAUAGGUCACGCUAUUCUAGUUAGUUCAUCUGGUAGUUUAUCUUGUGUUGACAUUAAGACUGGUUUGCACUAUCAAAGUUUCUGUGAUCACAGUAGGAAUUUUGCAAAGGUAAAUUCUAAAUUUUAAAGGAUUUGUAAGAAAUGUUUGAGGAAACUGACUAAAUGUUUAACACGAAGUCAGUUCCCUCAACAUUUCUUACAAAUCUUUCAAAACUUAGAAUUUACCUUACUGCAUAAUUCCUACUGUGAUCACAGAAAAUUUGAUGGUGUAAACCAGUCUUAGACAAAACAUCUUGACUGAUGACGCAUCUCCAAUACAAAUUAUUAAGCGUGUUAACUAUCGUUGCUUGUUUGUGAAAAAAAUUUCCCUGCAGGUGUGAAGACAAAGAUCACGACAUGUCAUCGUACAGAUGAUCAAAGUGAAGUUGGGACAGAACAUUGUGAUCCUACAACAGAACCAACUGAUACUGAGGCUUGUAAUAUCCAGGCUUGUGCUCCGAGGUAUAUCCAAUCUUGUACCCAGAGCAAUGCCUGUACCAAUGCCAUCCUAGCCCGCGUACAGGCAUUGCUCUGGGUACGAGAUUGAGGUAUAUCAUGUUAUCAUACCGAUACACGCUUCCGGAAACUCCUCAGCCAUGGCUGCAGAGCUUCGUUUUCGGGAUUGAGAUAUCGGUCGUAAAGACCCAUUUCCACUCAAGAAAAUUUUCCCCGGAAAGAAAAAAAUUGUAAAAUGUGGCUGACUGACACAAAAGUUUGAAGUUGAAAAUUUUCAACUUUUGACAAUGAUAUUUUCGAAAAAUAUUUCGUCCGUGGAAUAUUUUCUUGAGUGGAAAUGGUCCUUAAGAGCUGAAACAUAAUUUGCCUUUUUUCAUAGUUGGCAGGCUGAUGCUUGGACAUCUUGUAGUGCCGACUGCGGUCCUAGUGGAACGCGGAAUAGAACAGUAGAAUGUCGUCAGAAAGAGAGUGCUGACGUCACGACCGUGUUAACAGAUGUGAGUCAGUGUCCUGGGGUGAAACCUGAUGAUUCAGAAGAUUGCAAUCGAAAAGACUGUGAGCCUGACUGGGUACCUGCGAAUUGGUCAGCGGUGAGUUAAAACUAUCACUGUUGAUCACAGAGUGAUUAGUACAUUUCUCUCUGUGACCAGGGUUUUAUUCCUGCAAUAUCACUUGUCUCAUUUUAAUUCCACCUCAAUUUGUUGUGAGAACAACGCUUCCACUUUGACUCUACCGAUCAUUAUAGCUUUUCUCUGGGCACUGCAGUUUCCUCCAGUAGUAACACUGGAUCAAUAAGAGAUGAUCCUUACUAGAGCUCUAGGAAGAACAGUUUAGAACUGAUAGAGCUAUUCAGUAUAAAUAAAGUUAGUUUAGUUUAGGUUUUCUCCUGUAGUAACACUGGAUCAAUAAGAGAUGAUCCUUACUGGAUCUCUAGGUAGAACAGUUUAGAACUGAUAGACCUAUCCAGUAUAAAUAAAGUUAGUUUAGUUUAGGUUUCCUCCUGUAGUAACACUGGAUCAAUAAGAGAUGAUCCUUACUGGAUCUCUAGGUAGAACAGUUUAGAACUGAUAGAGUUAUCCAGUGUAAAUAAAGUUAGUUUAGGUUUCCUCCUGCAGUAACACUGGAUCAAUAAGAGAUGAUCCUUACUGGAUCUCUAGGUAGAACAGUUUAGAACUGAUAGAGCUAUUCAGUAUAAAUAAAGUUAGUUUAGUUUAGGUUUCCUCCUGUAGUAACACUGGAUCAAUAAGAGAUGAUCCUUACUGGAUCUCUAGGUAGAACCGUUUAGAACUGAUAGAGCUAUUCAGUAUAAAUAAAGUUAGUUUAAUUUAGGUUUCCUCCUGUAGUAACACUGGAUCAAUAAGAGACGAUCCUUACUAGAGCUCUAGGAAGAACAGUUUAGUAUAAAUAAAGUUAGUUUAGUUCCCUCCUGUAGUAACACUGGAUCAAUAAGAGAUUAUCCUUACUAGAGCUCUAAGAACAGUUUAGAACUGAUAGUUUUAACUUUUAAGACUGAGUAGUUAUAUUUCUAAAUUCAUAUUUCUUUGUAUAUUCACAGUGUUCUAAAAACAAAUGUGAAGGUAUCCAGACGAGGACUCUGUCGUGUAAGAAACUUCUCGUGAGUGGUGCAAUACAAGAUCUCACUGACUCAGACUGCCCGAGUGAGAGGCCGUUGACUGAACUCAUAUGUAAUGCUGACGUGCGUUGUUAUGAAUGGAGACAUGUGUACCCCAACUGCACUGAGUCUGAAUGUCAAGGUAUGCACGUAUUUUUAGUGACAUUAAAUGCACUAAUGAACUAAACUAACUUUGUUUAUACUGGAGGUCCAGUAAGGAUCAACUCUUAUUGAUCCAGUGUUACUACAGGAGGAAAUCUAAACUAAACUAACUUUAUUUAUACUGGAUAGUUCUAUCAGUUCUAAACUGUUCUCCCUAGAGGUCCAGUAAGGAUCAUCUCUUAUUGAUCCAGUGUUACUACAGGAGGAAACCUAAACCAAACUAACUUUAUUUAUACUGGAUAGCUCUAUCAGUUCUAAACUGUUCUUCCUAGAGGUCCAGUAAGGAUCAUCUCUUAUUGAUCCAGUGUUACUACAGGAGGAAACCUAAACUAAACUAACUUUAUUUUUACUGGAUAGCUCUAUAAGUUCUAAACUGUUCUUCCUGGAGGUCCAGUAAGGAUCAUUCUUAUUGAUCCAGUGUUAAUACAGGAGGAAACCUAAACUAAACUAACUUUAUUUGUACUGGAUAGCUCUAUCAGUUUUAAACUGUUCUCCCUAGAUGUCCAAUAAGGAUGUCCAGUAAAGAUCAUCUCUUAUUCAUCCAGUUUUUCAAGUAAUAAUUGAAGAAUCGUUUUGUGAAAGACACUUGCCAUAAUCAUUUCUGUAUUUCAAGGUGGAGCUAUCAAGACAUUUUGAUAAGAACACGUUUUAUGUUCACUCCACCCUGGCUGUAAGUAUUGUAUGGAUUAUCAUAAUGCUUCUGCAAUUAUUAUAGAAAAUUAAGAGUAUUCAAUCUUUUCUACAGGCUGUUGACUUCUUUUUCAUAGUCUAUUACUUUUUGGAACAGGUAGGGCAUCCCAAAAAUUCCAUCUGAGGAUAUAGUAGCACUUUAAGUGAAAAAAUAAUUUGAUCAUCUCUCCGGUUGUUCUUUGCAGUGUCUUAAAAUCUGGGCAAUUGGUUGGCAACGUUAUAUAACACAUAAGGUAUAUGUGCUGCUAGGAUGUUUGGACAGCUAUUGGAACUUGACAGUUUGACCCUCAAUUUUUACUGAUGUUUUACUGAAACUUUGUUUAUAGCAAAAUAUAUUUGAUGGUGUCAUAACAUUAGCGUUAGUGGUAAGUGAAUUACAGUAUUUGUUUGCAAUGUACGAAACAAUCUUCAGAUAAAAGUUCCAUCUUGAAACUCUUAGAGAAAAAUUUAUAAAAAUUAAAGGUCUUAAUAGAGAAUAUAAUCUUCGAAGUAAUGAUACUGAUCUAGCACUUCCAAAACCUAAAACAAACUUAUCUUAAACGAAGUUUUAAGUAUAGUGGUGCAAUGCUGUGGAAUAGUUUUCCUUCUGAGGCGAAAAAGGCAUCCUCGCUUUACCAAUUUAAGCGCAGUAUGCCCACUAUACCGGAGACUAGGACGUGAGUUAAGAUAGUUUGUAAGUAUAACACGCCCCAUCUGAAAAUCAAUUCAUUGUAUUUUUACAAAUAUGUUGUGUAUGGCCAGCGUGGUUAAGUUUGUUGUAAGUUUACUUGAUUUAUAUAUGGGUCUAAUCGUUUUAUAGGUCACUCAAAUUGUUGAUAUUUCGAUGUAUGGCUCGCCAUUGGAGACAGACCUACGCAAGUUAGUGAUGAAGUACAUGUAUACACAAUUACACAUCGUUUGCGAAAUGGAACCAAGGGACAAAGACUGAAAAAUCUUUUACUAAAUUGUCUCGAAGUUCCGCUUUGUUUUUCAUAUGUAAAUUCGGGCAAGAAAUAUUUGAGGGAACUGGCUCAGUUGAUACAUUUUUUCAGAAAGCGGUAUCAAUUUUCCGCGCGCGUGAUACAAAACGACUGAAAAACGGCAAACUUCGCAGGGCUGUAUAUUAUCUGCAUUUUACAACAUUUCGCAACGAAACUUCGGAAUAUUACUAAUUUUCUGAUGCUCUUUCAAGCUGGAUUUGUCUAGAUCAAAAUUUUGUUCAUUAGGUAAUAGGUCAAUUGAAAUGACCAAACUGCUUUGAUGCAUCGAGUAUUUUCAUUAUGGACUGAACGAUGUCUGUUUAUUUCUGCAUCGUUUUAGACGGUAUGGUAAUAACGAGCGUUCGACAUGGAACAUUAUAAAGAUUGUCAAUGUCCUGAUCAUAUUUCGUCUGGUCAGAACUAUUUUCAGUAUCAAGGUGGGUACGAAACUACGAAUAUUGUUCUGGUCAUUUAUCCACGUAUACCAAUUAGUCUGGUUCAUUUAACCAGCAAAUCCUGGUCAGUCCAAUCCAACGCCAGAAGUACCAUUGUCAAACGCCGGAAGUACCAAAUGUACCGAAGGGUGAAAUGCCAGAACUCCGUUCUCAAACGCCAGAACUCCCUUUACACAUGCCAUAACUCCCCUUUUAAAUACCCGAAGCAUCUUGUCAAGUGGCAAAACUUGGUUUUCAAAUACCAGAAGUACGUUUUUAAAUGCCAGAACUCCGUUUUCGAACGCCAGAACUCCGUUUACAAAUGCCAGAACUCCCUUUUCAAAUGCCCGAAGUAUCUUUUCAAAUGACAGAACUUGGUUUUCAAAUGGCAGAAAUGCCUUUUCAAAUGCCAGAACUCCGUUUUCGAAGGCCAGAACUCCCUUUACAAAUGCCAGAACUCCCUUUUCAAAUGGCAGAAGUACUAUUUCAAAUGCCAGAACUCCGUUUUCAAACGCCAGAACUUCCUUUACAAAUUCCAGAACUCCCUUUUCAACUGGCAGAACUCCCUUUUUAAAUGCAGCAUUUGGUUUUCAAAUUCCAAAAGUACCUUUUCAAAUGCCAGAACUCCGUUUUCAAACGCCAGAACUCCCUUUACAUGCAAAUGCCAGAACUCCCUUUUCAAGUGCCAGAACUUGGUUUUCAAAUGCCAGAAGUACCAGAACUCCGUUUUCAAAUGUUAAAACUUGGUUUUCAAACGCCAGAAUUCCGUUUUCAAAUUUCAGCCUCGGUGUUUUCAGGGUCGGUUGUUUUCGGGCUCGGUGUUUUCGGGGUCGUUGUUUUUAAAUCAUACUUGUUGAAAUAUUAUCACGAAAUGACGUUAAUGUACUACAAUCAUUUAAAACUGUCUGUGUUAAAUGUCACUCCUGUCGUCGUUUGUCGGGCCUUGUAAAUAUAAUGUGUUGUUCUUGAUGUAAAUGUUUAGUUUAAGGGACCCUGUGAAUGGGACGAUAAGCCCUGUAAUGAUCACCAGUCAUUUAUGACAAAGCUGGUGAAUAAAUAAGAUUAUAAUAUAGCAUUUGUAAAUCCUGAUCGCGGAUUGGCUAAGAGCCGUGUUGAUGUCAACACGGAAACGUCGGAAAAUUUCUUUCCUUAUGUUUCUUUGUGCUAGAUUAUAAAACAAAUAUAAAACAUUUUUUCCGUAUUGAUAUAUAGUUAUAUCAACACUCGUGGAAAUUGGGAAAACUCGAAAUUGUGUGAAAACACUCCACCCCUCGGGCGUCGUGUUUCCACACAAUUUCUCGUUUUCCCAAUUUCCACUCGUAUUGAUAUAACUGUAUAUCAACACGGAAAAUGUUUUAUAUUUGUUAAAUAAAGUAUAUUUUUGUAGUCAUUAUCGGUGAUCACAAGUACCUUGGGAUAUCUUUUGAAGAAUCUUAAACCUUUUGGUGGCGUCAUAGUGGUAAGGCUCUCCUUUAAAAAUGGUAUCAUUCAAUAAUCAAUAUCUAUAGGUUUGCUGCAGGUGCUGGCAGGGCGCGAAACAACGGCGGGUCAACGGACAAUGUCCGGCCAGAAUGCGGAGUUGUCCAGUCAAAUUCUUACCUUGCCGGUCAUUUUGACCGGUCACUUUCGGUAAAAGAACAAACUAAUCUUCAUUUUAUAAUAAUAAUCAAAAUAAAGUGGUCAAGUACAGUAUUAUAAUUAAGAACCAUAACAUGCAUGUUGUCGAAUAUUUUGCAGGAAAACAACUUCAAUGUACACCAGUUUUCGCACGCAGUACGUCACAAAGCUCAUGGGCCAUGGCCAUGCCUUUGGCUUAAGAGCUAAGACCAUGCUUUUAGCCCAGUACAAGCUGUUUUAUGUGAAGGAAAUUUUUAAUCAGUGAUUACAGUAAGGCUUUUUGUACUGCUAUACUGGGAAAAUGGUCACAUUUUUAGGAAUAUACUUUACUAGGCUUUGCUUUAAGCUGAAUAAUUUGACCGGCCAGAAAUUCGGUAUGUCCGAGCUAAAAUUGAGUUGGCCGAUCACCUUGACCGCCGACCCUCCAGCCGUUAUUUCGCGCCCUGGGUGCUGGAGGCGUGAAUACUACUAUAUGUCAGGUUACGUGUAGUGUUCUAGUGUGAUUUCAUGACAAUGUUAAUCUUGUGUUUGUAUUAGGCUGUGUAUUAUUCAUUUGCCAUCUUCGGUAUGAUGAUAUUUGAGAAUGCCAUACAGCCACCAGAGAAUACAAAUGCUACUGUAAAGUAAGUCAAAAAUAAAAAUGGAUAAUGGAUAAUUCCAGCUAUACUAUAGACGAAAUUUUGAUCUAGACAAGAAGAAAUCCAUUACCAUGGCUGGAAAGAGCAUCUUAAAAUGAGUAAAAUUGCAAAGUUUGGUUGCGAAAUGUUGUAAAAUGAAGAAAAUAGAGACCUUAAGAUUGACGUUUACGGCAAACGUCAAACCGCUAGCGAAGUUUUUGAUUUUACAGCUCUAUUAUAAUAGCUUUUACACCAGUUUUGAAAUAUGUUAAACUUAUUAAACUUGUGCUCUUUAGCAAUGAUUUAAGAAAGCAAAUUAACCACUAGUCAUGCCAUUCACCAAAACAGUAAAUUAAGAUUUGGCGUUUGAAGUUGACGUUUGGCGUAUAAAUUUCAUGCUUUAAUGACUACAAGCCCUCGUAGCAGUUCAAGCAUGAAAUUUAUAUUUUAUACGCCAAACGUCAACUUCAAACGCCAAAUCUCAAUUUACUGCUUUAGUGAAUGGCAUGACUAGUGGUUAAUUUGCUUUCUUAAGUCAUUGCUAAAGAGCACAAGUUUAAUAAGUUUAACACAUUUCAAAACUGGUGUAAAAGCUAUUAUAAUAGAGUUGUAAAAUCAAAAACCUCGCUAGCGGUUUGACGUUUGCCGUAAACGUCAAUCUUAAGGUCUCUAAUAUAGCCCUGUGAAGUUCGAAAAUUUUGUAUAUAUUUGUAUUACGCGCGGUAAAAAUAACCAUUUUUCAGUGGUGAUGGAUUUUGUUCUUCUUGCCUAGAUCAAAAUUUAGUCUAUAGCUCGAAUCACCCAUUAGGGACCGGUCAUUAUUUAUGGUGGGGGGUGGCACCGAAGAGAAAUGUUUUUCGUGGCAAAAAUUUUGCUGACCCGACCAUUAAAAAGUAAAAAAUUUGAUUACCUAACCUCAAAUAUCAAUUAAAAAAUAAAUACCCACCCCUGGCCAAAAACUUUACAAAAAGGUACCACUCAGUUGUCACACAUGUCCCUUGCCACUUCUGUGACAUGAGUUUGAUAACGGAUUGUGAAUUUUUUUGCAGUCUAAAGUUUCAUGUUGUCUGCACAUGUACUUUCUUUGGAGACACCAUUUGUCUCCCAACAAAUUGAAAACCAGUGAUCAAGAUAGUGACUCCGAUUGAUUCACAUAUUGUAUUGACAUAUGACUGUUGACAUUGCUUUUUAGUCUCCAAUAUUUCAGUGAGUCAUGCUUUAGAAAUUAUUAUUACCCAACCCUUGAGUUGUUUUGUUUUUCAUUUACCCAACCUUUUACUCACUCAAAAUUUUGUUUACCCAACCCUUUUCUCUUCGGUGCUACCCCCCACCAUAAAUAAUGACCGGUCCCUUAGGCCACAUAAAAUAUAUUCCUUGAUUCUCAUCACCACCUGACUGUAUUUUAAGAGCCGCGUGAAUUUUUUUUAUAUUUUGUUAUACAAUAAAAAUGAACCGCCCGACAAAAUAUUUCAAGACAGUUAAGUUUUUUAUAUUUAAAAUUGGGUUUUUAGUGCCAUUUUAAACUGCCAAUUUCAAACAAAUAGAACUUUGAAAGAAAUUUCAUUGCAUUUUAACGGAACUUCGCAUUCAGUUCAAGUGUUCAGUCAUUUUCUCGUGGAGAAAUAUGUUCAUUUUGGUUUGUGACACUUCACUUUGGAAAUCACAGAAAUAUUUAGGAAUUAUUUUUUUAUUUAUUGAUGACAAAUUAUAUAAAUAUAAAAUAUAAAAUAUAAACCUCCCGGCUCUUCGACAUUUUCAAAGCCUAGUGAUGAGAAUCAAGGAAUUUAUUUUAUGUGGCCUUAAAAUGAAUAAAUAUACGUAUACUGUACAGUAAGUUUGCUCUCUUUGUCGACAACAAAAUACACGCAUUAAUUGUAGCCUAUAGUAUAGGUCGUAAUGGAACAUUGCAGCACGUACCUCGCGAAAAAGUCCGCGUAAAUUUUCAACAUGUAUAGUCGAUCCGCGGUCGCCGCUGGAAUAAAUAACUAAUUGUCUAUUUCUCAUUUCACAGUUUUACUUGCGGAACAUACGAGCAGCUUGAAUACUGGGCAAAUAAUUUCAACGACUUUGGGGUAAGAGAACAUGCAGAAGACUGGACUGUGUUAUCACCUCCGCCAGUUUGUAUAUGUGUGUGUGUGUGUGUGUGUGUGUGUGUGUGUUUGCUUCUCAGCAUGAUAACAUUAAAAAUAGCGAACGUGUUAUUGUCGAUUUCAGAUUACUUUUCAAAGCGCGGUUCCCAAGUUUGUUGUCAACUUGUCAAUUGACCAUUUGCGUAAUAGACUAAAUUUUGAUCUCAACAAAAAUUUCAUUACAGCUUGAAAGAGCAUCACAAAAUUAGUAAUAUUCCAAAGUUUCGUUGCAAAAUGUUGUAAAAUGCAGAAAAUAUAGCCUUGCGAAAUUUGCAAUUUUCAGUCAUUUUAGAUUACAAACCGGAAAUUGACAGCCUCGAAGGGUUUGGGGCUGUCAAUUUCCCGUUUGUAAUCUAAAAUGACUGAAAAUGCAAAUUUCGCAAGGCUAUAUUUUCCGCAUUUUACAACAUUUUGCAACAAAACUUUGGAAUAUUACUAAUUUUGUGAUGCUCCUUCAAGCUGUGAUGAAAUUUUUGUCUAGACUUGUUUAGUUCAAAAUUUAGUCUAUUACGCAAAUGGUCAAUUACGUUUCCAAAUUCGGAAGUUGAGCGGGAACUUCGCAACGAAUUUCGCAAGUUCAUUUCAAAGUUCGAACUUCGAUUGUAAACAAAUGUAAAAAUGUCAUUUAUAGGCAUUAUAAUUAUACAGUAAUUUCAACUCCAACUAUGAACAUUUGUUUACAAUCAAAGUUCGAACUUUGAAAUGAACUUGCAAACUUCGUUGCGAAGUUCGCGCCCAACGUCUGAAAUUGACAACGUAAUUGGCAAGUUCGCAACGAACUUGGGAACAGCGUGUUGAAAAGUUACCUGAAAUCGACAAUAAUACGAAAACUUGUAUUGGAUGCGAAAUUACUAAAAGAUUGUCUUACCUUGCCGGGCAAAAUAAACCGAUUGCGUAUAAUUAGACCAUUUAUGAAUGAUACAUAACUUAAUUCGAAGACGGAGGUAUUCAGUCGGCUUUCCACUAGGCGGAAUUUUCCGCGCGGAGCGGAAUUUCUCUUUGUCUUUUCUGAUUAGUUCCACCCGAGAAAUCACAAGACAAAGAAAAAUUCCGCUCCGCGCACAAAAUUCCGCCUAGUGGAAAACCAGCUUUCUGUCUGUUCUAUUCCCUGCCUAGGCUUCUUUGGUGGUAUUAUGGGAUGCAAUGAUUGUGAAUAACUGGCAUAUCUUUCUUCAUGCUUAUACACAUUACACAUCAAGGUAUGCGGUCAUAUGAUGCCUGAUUUAGGGUGUAUUAUCAAGUAUAUACUCGGGUAACAGUGUUACAAGUGUUACACUAUCUUUAUUUAGGCAAGUGUUACACUAUCUUUAUUUAGGGUUAGGGAUAGGGUUAGGGGUAAGGGUAAGGGUAGGGGUAGGGUUAGUGUGUGUAACACUAUGUACACGGUGGGGUUAGGGGUGGGGUUAGGGUUAGGGUUAGUGUGUGUAACACUAUGUAACACUAUGUAACACUAUGUAACACGGUGGGUUUAGGAUUAGAGGUGGGGUUAGGGGUAGGGUUAGUGUGUGUAGCACUAUGUAACACUAUGUAACACUAUCAACACUCUGUGGCACUAUGUAACACUAUGUAACACGGUGGGUUUAGGGUUAGAGGUGGGGUUAGGGGUAGGGUUAGUGUGUGUAACACUAUGUAACACUGUGUAACACUGUAAACACUGUCAACACUCUGUGGCACUAUGUAGCACUGUGUAACACUAUGUAACAAUGUGUAACAAUAUGUAACACUGUGUAGCACUAUGUAAGAAUAUGUAACAUUGUUUAACACUGUGUGACACUUGUAACAGUGUUACAACUGAGUGCCAUAAUAAAGCCACCCUAAAUCGUGCAUGGUAUAUAUGCGGUGAAAAAUUAGUCGCAAUGCUUUGUGAUUGUUGUCUUAUUUUAUCAAGUGAAAUAUGGUACAGUAAGUGAUAAUUGUCGUCGUUAUUUUCUAGUUGGUCCCAAGUGUUCUUUGUUGCUUGGUAUUUGAUAUCUGUCGUCAUUUGUGUCAAUCUUUUUGUUGCCUUGCUCCUCGACGUAAGUGAGAAACUUUUUAGCAACAUUUUAAGAAAUAAAUAGGACAGAUUAUUUCAUCUUAUAUCCUUCAAUGAGGCAAUGGAUUCACUUAAUCUUAGGAGCCCUUUAAACUAAUAGAUACAUGCGUAGAGAAAAUAGAUAUAGAGAAACACCUUUUAGAGCCAUAAUGCGUUUAGAACUAAUAGAUAUAGAGACACCUUCAUGAAUAAAUGCAUAAGUACUUUUAAGUACUAUUUAAACUCUAAAUUGUUACUCUAAAUUUUUAUUUAGAGCCAUAAUGCGUUUAGAACUAAUAGAUAUAGAGACACCUUCAUGAAUAAAUGCAUAAAUACUUUUAAGUACUAUUUAAACAUGAGCAGCAGUGUUUUAUCAGAUAUAAAGAUACGAGGUGAAGCCGAGUAUUUAUAGGUCUGAUAAAACACGCACUGUGAAUGUUCUAAAUUGCUUCAAAAGCGCUCGAUCUAGUAAGUUCAUUGGCGAAGUAACUUUCAAAAAAUGCGUUGUGUAAGUCGAGAAAAUCAAAGUUAAAGUUUAUGUAAAUCAAGGGAAAUCUCUAUCACAUAUGAAAGAUACGACACGCUUAUAAUUAUGAUCUUUGAAUUAAUGAGUUUUUUGAAUAAGUAUUAGAACAUUCAUAAGUAAUAUAGUUUGUAAAUAUAUAUAAUUUAAUUUUCCUAGUUAAUCUAUGCUUGUAAUAUAGAAUUUUUAUGAGUAUGUUAGCAAACUGUGUAUCCCCCUCAGUGUAACUACAAUUAUAUAUACUGCUAUAUUAAAGGUACUAAAAUCAUUUAUCUAUCUUAUUGUAUUAUUCUAUUUUCACUGCUCGGAUAUAAUUGUACUAUUACUCUAGUCUAAUUGAUAUUUUAUUAUACAUAAUUCAGGUGUUCAUAGACCGUUGGCAAGAAAGGCAAAAACGUGUGAAAGAACGUCCUGGGCAAGAUGUCUCCAGAACUUUAACACAGGUAUGCAGUUGUCUGAUUAUAAUUUCACCUCAGUCUCAUGCGAGAAGAGUACAUCCAGUUUGACUCUCCCAAACCAUGUUAGUUUAGUUUAGGUUUUCUCCUGAAGAAAAACUGGAACAAGAAGCGAUAACUUUUGCUGGACGUCUAGGGAUAACAGUUUAGACGUAUGAUACAAAUAUUCAGUAUAAAUAAAGUUAGUUAAGGUUUCCUCCUGUCGUAACACUGGAUCAAUAAGAGAUGAUCCUUACUUGAUUUCUAAGAAGAACAGUGUCAGUUUAGAACUGAUAGGAGCGAUACAGCAUUAUAAAUAAAGUCAGCUAUAAUCGUCAUUAUUAUAGUCUUUCAUGGUUGAACGUAAAUCGUUUCGUGUUCAUGAGAUGUUUUCUGGCACGUUGAACGAACCAUCUGAGGAAGAUGUGCUGAGAGAGUUGGUGUAUCAUGGUUUCACAUUCCGUUCAAAUCCCGCAUUAAGAAGGAUAGGAUCUAGAAGUUCUAGCAACUCUAGUUUAUGACAAUCGUUUACGGGCUGUUUACAUCGUCUCGCUUUGCCAUGAUAGGAUACAUGGCGAGAAUGGCAUCUUCAGCUUCUCAUUCCGUCCUGACAAACCACAGAAUAACAAUGGACAAAAAAUUAAAGACAGAAAUGUAGUUUUAAAGAUUAGCAAAUUUCAUAUUUUGUAUGUUGAUAAAACAAGUUAAAUAAAUGUAUAUAAUUUUUAGGUGA